AUGGCACUAGUCACAUACUCGGAUUCCGAAGAAGACGACGAACCCGUAGCCAAGCGAUCCAAGAAAGAGGCAGACCAUGAAGACGACCUACCACCGCUACCAGCGUCUUUCUUGAAUCUUUAUUCGUCCAGCGUCCGCGUCAGCAAUACUGACGAUCCGUCUUUGCACCACGGUCGUAAACGCGUCGUAAAGCACGUCGAGGGAAAUUGGCCGACCCAUGUCUACCUUGAAUGGUUACCAUCGCCGGCUGAACAUGAAACACUGAACAGACUGCUCCAGGCGUUGCCAGAAUCAUCAAGUGUCCACUCUCUACUGCAAACACCGCUCCAGGUACCAUUGCCUCUACACAUCUCUCUCAGUGCACCAUUGGUAUUACGCACUGAGAACAAAGAUGCUUUUCUGGACACUAUCACAGAGCGCAUAACUCCAAUUAUCCGUUCGCUGCGACACCCAGUCGCGGUACGCCCUGCAUCGCUCUCAUGGCACGGUAACGAGGACAGCAGUCGCUACUUCCUCGUCCUUCGUGUCCAAGAUGCACAAGAAACCCAAGACCCACCAGCUCUAACCCUCCUGAACCAUAUCCUCGAAGCCAGUAACCACACAGCCCAGCAAUACAACCAGCCACAGCUCUACACCAAGCUGAAACGCCAGGCAAACAGCCAGGACUUUUCACCUUACUUCCACAUCAGCAUUGGCUGGUCCCUACCAUCACCAGACCGCAACCUCGCGGAUGAUAACCUAAAAUUGCAGCCGGCUGUGGACGAUAUCCUAAAGGAGCUCUGCGAUAACAUGGUCGUUUCUUUCGACGCGGUAAAGGUGCGCAUCGGGCAAAUCGUCACUGCCCUACCGAUCGGGAACAAGCAGUCGCAUCCCAGAAAAAGAGGUGGCGUAUUUUGA